AUGGCUUCAAAGUUUCGAAGCUGGUGGAUCAAGCCGCUUGCGAUGUAUUACACGGAUGUCCGCCAUGUAAUGCUGCUAGACGUAGAUGACGUCAUCUUGAAAGACCCUGCUAUUGUGCGUAGUCUUGAUGGGUACGUGAAGACUGGCACAACGUUCUUUUACGACCGAGUCAUCACCCAGAGGCGCUUCUUGACUGGCAAUGAUUCUGGGGAGAUGUACGUGCACAAGCUGUUACGCGAAUUCGACUACGCCAGAUUCAACGUAUCGAAGGGGCUCGCUCCUUCGCAGCAAAUGCUCAAUACAUUUGCUCACAGAGGCAAGUCCAUUCAUGAGAUGGACUCGUCAAUGGUGCUGAUUGACAAGAAGCGCGCAGGAAAAACUGUCAUGGACAUUUUGUUUUGGUUUAUCACGGAGGAACGCUUUCGCUUUACGUAUUCGUGGGGAGAUAAGGAGACUUUCCGGCUAGCAUUCGAGAUGGCACGUGCGCCAUAUUUUUUCAGACCGUGGGGGGUCAGUGUGUACAUGCCAGUCCAGGGCUCUGACGAUGAGGAGGCUGAGAUUUUGUACAUGAACGGCAAGGCACUGAUCGAUCCGCAAAAAGUUUAA